ACAGGCCUCAUGGUCGCCUGCUACCGUGGCUUCGCAAGUAUUGUGGCCCUGCUCAGCCGCUGUCCUUACCUGGAUGUGAACCAUCAGGACAAAGAAGGGAACACAGCCCUCAUGCUGGCUGCCCAGGCAGGCCACACCCCUCUAGUGAGUUUCCUGCUCAACUACUAUGCGGGCCUGGACCUGGAGCGCAGGGACCAGCGGGGAUUCACCGCCCUGAUGAAGGCCGCAGUGCAGGACCGUCCAGAGUGUGUGGCCGCCCUCCUCAUGGCAGGUGCUGACUUGAACUCUGUAGAUCCUGUUCGGGGCAAGACAGCCCUGGAGUGGGCUGUCCUGACUGACAGCUUCAACACAGUGAAGAGGGUCCGGCAGCUGCUGCGGAGGCCCAGGGCUGAGCAGCUCAGCCAGCACUACCAGCCGGAGUGGCCACCCUUGCCUGGGCUGGUGGCCCAGGCCCAGGCCCAGGCUGCCCCAUCCCUCCUAGAAAGGCUUCAGGCCUCACUGAACUCCUCUUUUGCCCCGCCUCCUCAGGAGGGGGGUGUCCUUGACCACCUGGUCACUGUCACCACAUGCCUAGCCAGUCCCUUCCUCACCACUGCCUGCCACACACUCUGCCCUGACCAACCACCUGCCCUGGGUACCAGAAGCAAGUCAGUGCCAGAGCUGCUAGGGACCGCCCCUCCCCCUGCCCCAGCCCCCAAGCCUCCUCAGCAAGUCCCUGGCUCCAGAGCCUUUGUCCCUUACCAGAGUCCUCAGGGCAUUCUCUCCCACUGGCUACAACCCAGGGACAGCACCAGCAAGAAGUUUCAAGUCCCCAAGAUCCUCCUCUCCAAGGCACACUCACCCUCCAGCCAGUGCCUGGCAACGCCCAGGUCUGUGGGCCAUCAAAGUCUGGCCCUUCCUCUCUGGCCAUAUCAAGAGCUCAGAAUGGUAAGAAGGAGGCAGCAGGAGGAGGCCAGGUGUGCACAGAAUCAAGGGAAGACGGGUUAG